UUUGAUUAAUUUUUGUAAGUAUGUCGGAUUUGAGCGAUAAAUUGGAAGUACUGAUUGCAGUGGACUUUGGGACUACUUUUUCUGGUCUUUGUUGGGCUCUAAAAGAUAAGCCCAAAGAUCACAAUCUAGUUCAAAACUGGCCUGGAGAUGGGGCUAGCCACAAUAAGGUCCCAACAACACUACUUUACCACCCCGAGUAUCUGUGGGGCUAUAAAAUUAGAGGGAGUGACCCCAGAUAUGAGUGGUUCAAGCUUGGUCUUCACCCGAGUGGUGAAGGCAAAGGUCUUGCAAAGGACUAUCCGAGUACCACCUCCUUGAUCGCACGUUCCACGGAGGAUAAAGAGAGAUUGGUAAUCGAUUACUUGAAAAAUUUGAGAAAGCAUGCCGAAACAAUUAUGGCUAACACGUACGGUCCAUCGGUGUUUUCAAAAAUAUCAAGGGAAUAUAUUAUUACCGUCCCGGCUGUUUGGGAUGAUAAAGCUCAAGGUCGAACCCAGGAGUGUGCGAAACAAGCUGGUAUGGGUGGUCAUGUACAGAUUAUUACAGAGCCUGAAGCUGCGGGUAUUUAUGCUUUGACUAAUAUGCCAACGACUAUUUUGAGGAAGAAUGAGACGUUCAUUCUAUGUGAUGCUGGUGGAGGAACCGUAGAUUUGGUUUCUUACACCAUUUCAAAACUGCACCCGGUACCAAGACUCCGCGAAGCUGCGCGUGGAGAGGGUGGACUUUGUGGAAGCAUAUUUCUCAACCGGAUUUUCGCCAAACACUUAUCUGACAAGUUCGCCAAUUACCCAGCUUGGGAUGAUGAAUACCAAACUGAUGCCCUGAAAUUUUUCGAAGAUGAUAUCAAGAAAAAUUUCACGGGAGAUACAAGCCAGUACUAUUUCAUUCCGGCUCGUGGCUUGAACAAACCAGAAUUGGGUAUCUACCAAAACAAGCUCAGACUUUCGGGAGAAGAAAUCAAAAAUAUUUUCGAGCCCGUGAUUCAAAUGGUCAUAUCGUUGGUCACAACACAGAUCCGUAAAACUGCUAGACCUGUUACUGCCGUUCUUAUGGCUGGUGGCUUCGGCUCGAGUGAGUAUUUGCGCAUCAGAAUUCAAGAAGUCGUUGGCCCCGAUGUUGGGGUGAGAAAAGUAGCAAAUGGUGAUACGGCGAUUGUCAAAGGAGCUUUGAUCAGUGGGCUUUCGAAGAAGGAUCCUGGACAUCCUUACGCCAUCGGAAGUUUCGGAAUUGACUCAAGAGUAGCUCGCAGGCAUUAUGGUACCAUGGCUUAUGAUACUUUUAUUCCAGGUGUGCAUGACGAAAAUUUGAAGGAACCAAGCCCUUACUCAUCUGGCUAUGUUGUGCCAUGUAUGCAGUGGUUUAUUCAAAAGAAUACAAACGUCGAAGACACAAAACCAGUCGUGACACAAAAGCCAUUUUUCUGGGAGAAGCCUGUCCUAGAUGGAAGUCCGACAUUUAUAGAAGCAAGAAUACAUGUCAGUGAAAAGGAUCAAGCACCAUUGCAUCUGGACAAGAAAAAUGUUUCCGAGCUCGUUAAAAUUCAAGCAGAUAUUAGCGGCAUACCAGCAGAUAGUUUUCCCAGAAAGACCGGAGUUGGUCACCAGGCGUUCUAUCGAAUCCCUUACAAAAUAGAGACGGCGAUUCAUUCUGGAAGCAUCACAUUUGCUUUAUUAUAUAGUGAUCAGCGAUAUGAAGCUACCAAGGAAUUUUUGUAG